AUGGCCGAGAUCCGUCGCAAGCUCGUCAUCGUAGGCGAUGGUGCCUGCGGUAAGACCUGUCUUCUCAUUGUCUUCUCUAAGGGCACCUUCCCUGAGGUCUACGUCCCCACUGUCUUCGAGAACUACGUCGCCGAUGUUGAGGUUGAUGGCAAGCACGUCGAGCUUGCCCUUUGGGAUACUGCUGGCCAAGAAGAUUACGACCGUCUCCGUCCUUUGUCAUACCCCGACUCCCACUGGAUUUCCGAGGUUCUUCACUUCUGCCAGGGUCUUCCCAUCAUCCUGGUUGGUUGCAAGAAGGAUUUGCGCCACGACCCCAAGACUAUUGAGGAGCUUAACAAGACCUCCCAGAGCCCCGUCACCGCUGAGCAGGGUGAGGAGAUCCGCAAGAAGAUUGGUGCCUACAAGUACCUGGAGUGCUCUGCCCGAACCAACGAGGGUGUCAAGGAGGUGUUUGAGGCUGCCACCCGUGCGGCUCUGCUCAAGAUCACCAAGGGUGGCAAGACCAAGACCAAGAAGUCCUGCUCCAUCCUGUAA